AUGGGGAUCAUGAACAGUUUCAUCAAUGAUAUCUUCGAGAAACUCGCUCAGGAAUCUUCUAAAUUGGCUAGGUACAACAAAAAACCGACGAUCACGUCUCGAGAAAUCCAAACCGCCGUGAGGCUCGUGUUGCCUGGUGAAUUAGCGAAACACGCCGUUCCUGAGGGUACGAAGGCCGUCACUAAAUUCACCAGUUCUUAG